CUGCUUCACCGGAGGGGGAAAAAAAAAAAAUCUAAAAAAAAAAAAAAAAAAAAAAAAAAGGAAGAGUGGGAAAAAAAACUUCAGCGCUUUGCGGGAUUUGGACACAGAUUUUGGAAGCGGUGCCCACAGUUUCCCUGUCCUUAGGAGUUCCGGGGAGGUAUUACGGAGUCUCGGUCCGAAAUGAUGGAAGAUUCUCAUUUUAAUUCAUCGUAUUUUUGGUCCCCUGUUCCUACUGUGCCAGGACAGAUUGAGAAUGCCAUCUUGAAUAAAGUGAAAGAGCAACAGGAAAAGAAUGCUUCUUUCCCGCCUUCCUCUGCAUCACACUACCCAACAGCUGGACUCACCAUCCCCACGCCUGGGGCCAAGACAGAUGGAGGAGGCCAGGCUGGGAGUACGUCACACCUCCACCCGCCGCACAGCACCCAGAACAUCACGGUGCUGCCCGUCCCCUCCACAGGCAUCAUGACAGCAGCUGGUCUGGUCAUCACAACUCCUCAGGGCACGUUAGUCUCCCCCACCUCUUCUCAGUCGUUUGUUUCUGGUCACCCAGCAACAACCAUGAUUGUGUCACCCCUCCAUGCUCCUAAUACAGAAAAAAAAGAUGACGGGACAUCCCAUGUGGUUGUGAUGCCAGCCCCCUCCAAACGAGGCAGAAAGAAGAAGACAAUGCUACCCAGGGUUGGUCCUGUGUGUGGACCAGGAAAUGAAACACUUAUCCUGGCUCAUUUAUCAGCUGGAGGCCAGGUGACGUCUUUGCAUCACACCGGAGACCCAUAUGACUUAUCCAAUGAAGAGGAAGACCAUGGACCGAAAGACACUACUAAGACCUACAGGUGCCGGAUGUGUGCGGCGACCUUCUUCAGUAAGUCUGACAUGCAGAUCCACUCCAAGUCGCACACAGAGGCCAAACCUCACAAGUGUCCUCACUGCGCCAAGUCAUUCGCCAACUCCAGCUACCUGGCCCAGCACAUCCGCAUCCACAGCGGGGCCAAGCCUUACACCUGCUCCUACUGCCAGAAAUCUUUCAGGCAGCUCAGUCAUUUACAGCAGCACACACGCAACCACACAGAGUCCAAGCCCCACAAAUGUCCUCAUUGUACCAAGUCAUUUGCCAACUCCAGCUACCUGGCCCAACAUGUCCGUAUCCACACUGGAGUGAAACCUUACUCCUGCUCCUACUGCCAAAAGUGCUUCAGACAGCUCAGUCACCUUCAGCAGCACAACAGGAUUCACACUGGAGAUCGGCCGUAUAAGUGUACCCACCCAGGCUGUGAGAAGUCCUUCACACAACUCUCAAAUUUACAGUCCCACCGGCGUCAACACAACAAAGACAAACCCUACAAGUGCCCCAACUGUAAUAAAGGAUACAUAGAUGCAGCAAGCUUGGAGGUGCACAUGUCCACACACACAGUCAAACACGCCAGGAUCUACUCAUGUGGUCUCUGCAACCGCAGUUACACCUCAGAGACCUAUCUGGUGAAACACAUGGAGAAACACAACCCAGACCAGUUGACUGCACCGGCAGUUGUGACAGCACAGCCAGCCCAACAGAACCAGAACCAAAGCCAGGCCCAAGGCCAGGCUGGAACUCAGAACCGAGGAGAGAGCGCAGAUGGCGGCUCAAGCCGACCUGGGGGAGCGGGAAGCGGAGGAGCCGGUGGAGGCCAGCAGGGACAGAACCAGGGCAGCUACUCCCAAACAGAAACCAUGCCUUGUCCAUUUGACCUGCACCAGUAUAAAACUGUGUCUGCAAGUGACAUCCAGUACAAACCUGUCAGUGUACCUGACAUUACAUCCCACAAAGACAUGUGCCUCACUGUGUCAACAUCCACAAUCCAAGUGGAGCAUCUCAACUCUUAGAGGUGGAGGAACAAGCAAGUAUGGGAGGGGCGAAAGUUAGAAUGAAUUGAAGAAAACAAGAACUGGAGGAUUGAGGUUUGAAGAAUAGAAGCAAUACUAAGAUGAUACAAGACCUUUUUAACAUGUGACUGUGCCUGGAUGAUGAUUUUAAGGCAGACAGGAUGAACAAUUCGAUGACACAGUAUGCUGAAUAAUUGUUUUAUUUUCUUAGUUUGUCAGCUUGCUACAUUAUUUGACUUAUUUUCCUUUUGCCUAGCUGUUCUGUCCGAGUAGCAAGUGCAUGUAAAGGCUGCAAUAAAGUGUGUUUCAGUCCAUCACAGUGAUGGUUUUAUGAUAGGAAGAGACGGUGCUUCUUUUUAUUGUUUUUUUUUUUUUUUUUUUUUUUUUUUUCCUUUUAUCACCUCUUGCUCUUCCCAACAAAUCCAACUUUGGCCGUAACAAUUUACGGUCUCUCUCUGUUGAAUGAAACCGGCUGUUAACUGUGAAGGUAAAUUUUAAUACUUUCACAUGGACUUUUGUUUGUCAGUUUUUACAUCAGUGUUAUUACCUCUGCUAUGCUGUAGAAAACAUGCCCACAGUUAAUUUUUAAAACUUAAAAGGGACAUAGAGGUUAUUUCCUUUUUAGGAGAGGAAAAAAUAUCAAUCAAGUAUAUUACAGAUACAUACUACCAAUUUAUUAAGUAAGAGUGAGUGUUUAAAGGAUGUGAUAAUCCAUAAAACAUAUUUAGACCCAACUGCAGGCCUUCACCUUGAGGGAAGUGAUGAGCCACUUCACGUUUCAUGUAAUCCUAGUAUACUGUUAUGCGUGUAUGUCCUAAAAGUAAUGUUAUUCAAAUGUGUUCUUGCUAUUAUACUUCCACGAUAUCAAUGUUUAUAAUACUUCUUUAUAGACAUACUGACACAUUUUUGCUUAUGAUGAAAUAAACCCUCUGAAAUCCU